AUGGCAGAUUCAGAGGAGACAUAUGCGAGUGAUCAUAGAAUGGAGGAAGAGGGCGUGGAAAUGAGGAGAGACAGGAAGGAGCAGGAGAGGGAAAGAAGGCGUCUACGAGACAGAGAAAGAAGACAGUCUAUGAGCCAAGAUGAGAGGGAGAGGCAUUUGGCCAGGCGCCGCAAGAACUACCAGCUACGAAGGCAGAGAGCAGAGAUAAGCCGCCUCGACUCUCAGAUCCAAUCAAUCACCGGAGGCAGCCUUACCACCUCCGGAGCCAGCUUGGUUGACUCUGACCAGAGUGUGGGGAUACCACUGGAGGAGCUGGCUAAACUGACGGGCACUAUAAGGCUGAGCCGUAUGAAACAUCUGGCGAGGACACUGAACAAGUCCAGUACUGGUGCAGAGUCGAGCAAUCGAGGAGCAACAGACGCAAAGACAAAAUGUGCAAUGUCAAGCGGACUACGGCUGAGUCGGGUCAAAAGAUUGGUGAGAUCAAAGGGCAUGCAGGAGGGGUUGUUGUUGUUGUUACAUUCUCAAACACAAGGAGGAAUACAGAUUCACCAGAGCGAACGAGAGCCUCACUAA